UCCCCAACGAAAUAGAUGAGGGGUUUCCCCUCACCCGCCCGGACUGGGACUAUGAAACGGCUCCAGGUAGGAGACUCCGUGUACGUCCGGCGGCACCGCUCUCAAGGAUUGGAGCCUCGUUGGAAGGGACCUUACAUCGUCCUGCUGACCACGCCCACCGCAGCAUUCACCACCGGAGCUACAGGCCUAGGUGUCUCCGUCACCCAGUAUACAAAAUUAUCCCAUCAGUUAAUAUCUGAUGUCCAAGUCUUAUCCGGUACCAUACAAGAUUUACAAGACCAGGUAGACUCGUUAGCUGAAGUAGUUCUCCAAAAUAGGAGGGGACUGGAUCUACUGACGGCAGAACAAGGAGGAAUUUGUUUAGCCUUACAAGAAAAAUGCUGUUUUUAUGCUAACAAGUCAGGAAUUGUUAGAGAUAAAAUAAGAACCCUACAAGAAGAAUUACAAAAACGCAGGGAAAGCCUGGCAUCCAACCCUCUCUGGACCGGGCUGCAGGGCUUUCUUCCGUACCUCCUACCUCUCCUGGGACCCCUACUCACCCUCCUACUCAUACUAACCAUUGGGCCAUGCGUUUUCAGUCGCCUCAUGGCCUUCAUUAAUGAUAGACUUAAUGUUGUACAUGCCAUGGUGCUGGCCCAGCAAUACCAAGCACUCAAAGCUGAGGAAGAAGCUCAGGAUUGAGCUUCCGGGACAAAAGCAGGGGGGAAUGAGAAGUCAGAACCCCCACCUUUGCUACAUAAAUAACCGCUUAUGCGCCCCACCCUAACCGCUUUCAUUUCGCUUCUGUAAAACCGCUUAUGCGCCCCACCCUAGCCGGAAAGUCCCCAGCCGCUACGCAACCCGGGCCCCGAGUUGCAUCAGCCGCUUCGCAACCCGGGCUCCGAGUUGCAUCAGCCGAAAGAAACUUCAUUUCCCAAGCUUCCCCGGGACGAAAUUACCCACAACCCCAACCACCACCGAGCAGAGAGCCUAUCGCCAGCCUGUAUGCAAAUGUAACUCAAAAUGGUAUAAAAGACCUGUAACCCCGUU